GUUUAUAAAACGUCCAUUCUUAGACUUUAUAAAUACCUGAUUUCUGUAACGAUAUAAGAAUCUCACAUCGAAUAGUUUAGUACUGUUCUAACGCUACACGGAGACACUUUUUCCCGCUUUUUUCAAGAAAUUUCCCUCAAAAAUAAUGACGUCUUACACAGACAAGGGGAGAAAACCAGAAAAUGGCAAAUUCGUUGCAUUCCACCAUAUUACGUUCUGGGUAUCCAAUGCAAAACAGGCAGCUAGUUACUACGUUACCCGAUUUGGUUUCGAACCCUUAGGAUACCAAGGACUUGAAACAGGAUCGCGGAAAAUCACUUCACACGCAGUUAAACUGAACAAGAUCGUAUUCGUGUUCCAAGCGCAAUAUGAGCCAGAAGAAACAGAGUUUGUAAACGAAGUUGCUUAUCACGGAGACUUUGUAAAGGACGUCGCUUUUGAGGUGGAAAACCUUGACUAUAUUGUGGAGUAUGCUCGCCGGCAAGGGGCUGUUAUCAUCAAAGAUUUGUGGGAAGAGGAAGACGAGUAUGGAGUCGUCAGAAUGGCUACAUUGAAAACGUACGGCGAUAAUACUCACACCUUAAUAGAUAGAUCGAAAUAUAAGGGAACAUUCCUACCAGGCUACCAAGCACUUAACAAGGACCCCAUACAAAAAUUCUUACCAAAAGUACAGAUUAAUUUUAUCGACCACGUAGUGGGCAAUCAACCAGAUAACGGUAUGGAGCCAGCUGCAUCUUGGUAUGAGAGAUGCCUACAAUUCCAUAGAUUCUGGUCAGUGGACGAUAAACAAAUCUGCACGGAAUAUUCCGCACUUCGUUCUGUAGUUAUGGCCAAUUGGGAAGAGACAGUCAAGAUGCCAAUCAAUGAACCGGCGGUUGGCAAGAGGAAGAGUCAAAUUCAAGAGUAUGUGGAGUACCAUGGUGGUGCUGGGGUACAACACAUCGCUAUCAAUACUGAGGAUAUUAUAACUGUGAUUGACAAUCUCCGCGCAAGAGGCGUCGAAUUCCUGUCCAUUCCCGCAGUCUACUACAAGAUUAUCAGAGAACGUCUCCAAAACAGUAAAGUUAAAGUAGCAGAAAGUAUAGAUGAGCUCGAACGCUUGAACAUUCUCAUUGAUUACGACGAUGAUGGUUACUUGCUACAAAUCUUCACGAAGAAUACUCAAGACAGACCCACAUUGUUUUUAGAGGUUAUCCAGAGAAGGAACCACAAUGGAUUCGGUGCUGGCAACUUCAAAACUCUAUUUGAAUCUAUAGAAUUAGAACAAGAACGACGUGGCAACCUUUAAUAUUUAAAUUGUUAAAUAAAAUACUUCUAGCGUUAUUUAGUUAGUAUAUUUUUGUAUAGUCAAUAAUAAAAUAGUAU